AUGGCGUUCAGGCGACAAUAUCCCCACGCCGAGUUGCGAAUCCCCACAGUCCCAAACUUCCCUUUAUCAUCACCCAUCACCGAAGAGGUUGCGAGCCCAACUUCGUCUUCGUCCGAUGAGCGGGACCUGGAAAGGACUCGCCCGUUUGAAUAUCUGUCGAAAGUUACCAGUCGAAACCCUUUUGUUCGAAAAGCGGAGUAUGAGCGCAAUUCAGGAAGCAAUCAGUUGGAGACGAACGCAUACAAUCUCCAAAAUGGGCACCAAAGCAGCGAGUCUGGCCCCGGAUCGCUUGCAGCGAAGAAUAGUGGUGAAAAGCCAGUGGGGUUGAACCUAGUGACCGAUUUCUCGUCACACCCUAGUGCCCAGGCAAAGACGACAGAGCCGCCGUUGAUGGAUCUGAACGACCUGAAGGUACUUUCAGAGGAGCGAGAGAAGGAGAGGUCUACACAAAAGAUUAAAGGAAUUUUGAAGAAAAGAAACAAUCAGGAUUAUCAGCAUCUUCAGGAAGACUCUCCAAACCCGACAAGGAGGCGGUCUACUUGGAUCGAUAUGACGCCUAGGAUAUCGCCGAAAAAGAAGUACAAGGACGAGCUAUCACCGUCCGAUCGACCCAUAAUGAUUGGGUUCAGCAUGCCGUUUGACGGAUCCCCAGACUCGCAGAAUGAGAAACCACGGGAGCUUGACAUCGGGGACAGUCAACGGACGCCUCUCACGCCUUCAAUCGUGGUCACGCCGGCCAAGGAAGAUGGCUUCUGGACUGGACUGACACCUGACUAUCCCCGCCCCAGAGCGACUUCGAGCAUCUACUCUCAGCCGACUCCCUGCUUGGAGGAUAGCGAAACUCCCGUACCACCUGUUCCAGCCAUCCCCGCACAGCAUGCAGCGGCCAAGAACGAAAUCAUCAGCCCAAAAUCUCCCCGCAGACGGUCUCUGGCAUCGACGAGAAAGCACCGUUCGUUUUCUGCAGGCACAGUAUUCGAAGAAGAUGAGGUAUCACGACCUGGCGCUCGUUCUCGGUCAUACUCGAGUAGCAGCGUCAAACGGGCCUUCGAUCGAUUGAGCGGCAUCGAUGGAGUCAGUCGUUUGAGCGUUAAUACUGAAUACGAUCGGCAUCAGUCUCAAGGGUGGUGGACAUACCUUCUUUCGCCGCUACUAGGUCGAUCCAGCACAAUCUCUAGCAGGAAAGCCCCUACAGACGCGGAUCGACCUCCGGUUCCAGCCAUCAAAACCAACCUGUCCGAGUCGACUGACGAAUGGUGGGAAAAGGAAGUCUCAUGCUUCUCGCCAGAAACUCCGGAGACCGCAGGGGUCACCCGAGGGGAGGUCGCUAGCUGGCAAAACUGCGAUACGAAUCCAUUUGCUGAUUUCAACUCGAUAACGGACCCUCAGGCUGAGCCAUUGGGGGAACGAAAUGCUACGUCGUUCAUGUUUCCCGGACGCGCGAUCCAGGGCUCAGCAGCCGAGUAUUACCAAGCGUGUGCCCACGAACUGUUCAGCGGCCGAUCUUACUUUGAAUGCCUGAACCAUGUCUGUUCUAUUACACCUAAGGAUACGAUACCAGUCUCAGAGCCGGACUUGGCUGCGGAUGGUACGGUGAAUGAAAGGGGUCUUCUAAUAGACGUCGACGAUAUGCCCCGGUCCGAGCCGCACGAAGAUAGAAGCUCUUUGGCGCCCACGUCGGUCUCAAAAACUUGCUCCUGUGGUGCGUCGGUUGCAGCUGACGGAUCAACUGUUCCGAGUCGCAGCCCAAAGCAAGAUGACCCCCCCAAAGGGAUUAUGCCAGAAACCCCAAAGACCGGUUCCCCAGAGCCGCAGACCAGAGGAGUUGUACCAGCUACUCCAGAUGAUGACAACACUCCUAUUGAAAGCUCACCAGAACCAUCCAGACAUGGUACCCCGGCCCCCGAGCCACAGGCCAGGGGAGGCAUGGAUAAAGCAGCGCCAGCAGACUACGGGAACGAGAAGCAUCAGUCGUUUAAUCCUUUCGCCCAACAGCAACCAGCUGCUGUACCGCAGCCGCCGCCAGUCACACAUGUGUAUAUUCAGCAAGCUCCAGUCCCGAUUCAGGCACCAGCUCCCGUCGUCACUACCGAGAGAACUAUUCCUCAAUACGUAAUGAUACCUCCCCCUCAUCAUGAAGCGCAGCCGUCGCAGCCACAACGCCCUGAUCCCAUCUCACCAGGGUUUCAACAAGCAACGGAGGGAUCAGGAUCCAUUCCAUUAGGUGAUAUGGAGAACAGCCCGGCACCUGCGUACACAGCCUCUCGCAACGACCCGGCUACUCUUCCGCCACGCAUCGAACCCGUUCCCAUAACAAGAGAGGCAACGACAAAUCCCUUUGCCGAGAGGGAGAGAAUUGAGUCCCGGCGACGAAGGCAUGAAAAGGAAGAAGCACUCGGAAAGAAGGCGGGCGGACUGUGGCGUGGGAGAGGAUGUAUCCCCAACAAGGGUUGCUUUGGUAGAUCCGGACGCGAAGGUCGGCUGAAGCGUCGAUGGUACAUGGCAAUUGCUGCCUUCUUCCUCGCCAUUGUCAUCGUCGCUAUCGUCCUUGCCAUUGUACUCACCAAAAAAGGCGACGCAACGCCAGUUCAAUCGCAGUGGCUGAAUCUGACCGGCUAUCCACCGAUGCCCACGGGCAUCGCAACGGUUGCCGCCCCGGAGCCCAGAGUGCAGAAUUCGGGAUGCAUCACUCCUGCUUCUCUUUGGAGCUGUGCGUUGCCGAAAGAGCAACAAGAUGCUAAUAAGCCCUAUCCUGCCAACCAGCCUAAUUUCCGAGUGGAGAUUCGAUUUCGCAAUGGCACCUAUCCAAACAGUACGACUGUAGCGUCAAGUCCAAGCAAACGGCUCGCAUCUAGGACACCUGGCUCAUUUGAUUCAUCUCCGUCUCCGCCAGAUAUGAAAGAACAGGCCUUCCUCGGAAACACUACGGAUAACAACACUCUCCCUUACGCCGGCGAAGAAACCCCCUUCUACAUGACCGUUCUAUCUCCCGUGCCUCUUUCAACAGUCCGAAAUGUGCGCCGGUCUGACAACUCAUUCCCGGAUCUGGAAUCGCUCAUCCCUUCCCCGGACGUGGACUCUGAUGGCACUGCCGCCGCGGCGAAUCUAUAUCCCCUCCCUGAAUCACAGCCCGUGCGGCUCUACAACCGAGGCCAAGAUAGCGAGCAUUACGGCUUCUACACAUACUUCGACCGUUCGAUCUUCCUGUCCUCAUCCAGUCCCCUAGACGGCAGCAAGUCAGACCCCAAAGACGACGACAACGGCGGCUCUAGCAAAACAAAAGCUCGUGUGCGGUGCACCUGGGCGCAGACCCGUUUCCUCGUCCAAAUCUGGACACAACCUGGACGAUCAGGCAAGACACUCCUGAGCAGCAACAGUACUAGCUCCGCAUCCGUUACGCCAACAUCCACCGCCCAAUCCUCUUCCUCCACCAGCACGACCACGAACUCAUCCGCAAGCCACUUCACCCGCCCCGGCUCCUUCCCCUACCCAAUAACCAUAACCCUCGACCGCCACGGCGGCGAAGCCAAGAAAAAGAUGCUCUACUGCUACGGGUUGGAAAGCGACCUGCACAUCAACGGGACGGAGAAGAAGCUGCAAAUCGAGGACCGCGAUUUCGGUGGUUUGCUUGUUAACCCGGCGCCGGGGAUCUUUAAUACGAGUUCUUCGGGGAGUGAGAGGGAUCAGGAUCUUGGGGGUUUUGAUGGGGGCACGGGUGGGUGUGCUUGCCAGUGGGCGAAUUGGGUUUCGAGAAGUUAG